AUGUGGACGCAGUGGCUAGUGCUGCUGGCAUUGUUCUCCAGCCAAUUUGCAGAGAUAAAUGCAUUAUCUGAUGCUUGUGUCAGCAGGCGACUUAUCCAACGUUAUGGCUUAAACGAAGAAAUCUAUGGACAGGGUUGUGGUUUCCGUAAAUUAAAUCAAAAGCGUCUGCGACGUCGCGUUGAUCCCACUUUUCAUGGCAAUCCAAAGCCACGCGGCGAGCUGCUGGCCAACAAUUUUAACAUCAAUUCCCACAGAUUGGAUCAGAUCAACUCUCUUGUGUCGCUUGUCAAUAAAAUAACACAGGAGUACUUGGGCAAGUGUCCACCGGUUAUAUAUUACGAUGCUUUAGUGGAAAAAUCAGAUGGACUGGUGCUGGAGACUCUCUUCAAGACAAUUCCCACUACGUUUUAUCAUGGCGAAAUCAAUGAUCGCUAUGAGGCCGAAAAUCCACACUUUACCAGUCACAUCGACAGCAGUUGCAAGAGCUACAUUCUGUUUCUGUCGGAUCCGCUGAUGGCACGUAAGAUUUUGGGGCCACAAACUGAAAGCCGCGUGGUGCUCGUCUCACGUUCAACGCAGUGGAAACUCCGUGACUUUUUGUCCUCCGAGUUGUCUUCAAAUAUUGUGAAUUUGCUGGUUAUUGGAGAGUCACUGAUGGCCGAUCCAUUGCGUGAGCGUCCUUAUGUGCUGUACACCCACAAGCUCUACUCAGAUGGUCUCGGCUCGAAUACACCCGUUGUGCUCACCAGCUGGAUAAAAGGCGCUCUAUCGCGACCGCACAUUAAUCUCUUUCCUCCGAAAUUCCAAGCUGGCUUUGCUGGCCAUCGAUUUCAAGUGUCGGCUGCCAAUCAGCCGCCCUUCAUCUUUCGCAUACGCACUCUGGACUCGUCGGGCAUGAUGCAGCUGCGCUGGGACGGCAUAGAGAUGCGUUUGUUGAAUAUGAUUUCAAAGCGUCUGAACUUCUCGGUGGAUAUCUCCGAGACUGCUCGAGUGUCCGAUACUCGCAGCAUAAUUGACAGCAUCCAGACGGAGAUUGUCCAAAGGUCAGUGGACAUUGGCAUGUCCGGUAUUUAUGUCACUGAGGACCGCCUGCGGGAGACGGACAUGUCGGUGGGACAUUCGCGGGAUUGUGCCGCUUUCAUAACACUCGCGUCCAAGGCGCUGCCAAAGUAUCGGGCUAUCAUGGGCCCAUUCCAGUGGCCAGUUUGGGUGGCUCUUAUUUGCGUGUACUUGGGCGCCAUCGUUCCAAUUGUGUUCACCGACCGCUUGACACUCAGCCACUUGCUGGGCAACUGGGGAGAGGUGGAAAAUAUGUUUUGGUAUGUCUUUGGCAUGUUCACAAAUGCUUUUACCUUCACCGGAAAAUACUCGUGGGGCAACACCCAGAAGAUCUCCACGCGUCUGCUUAUCGGCUCCUAUUGGCUCUUCACGAUAAUUAUUACAUCCUGCUACACCGGAUCGAUCAUAGCGUUUGUGACCCUGCCAGCAUUUCCGGACACGGUUGACUCCGUCUUGGAUUUGCUGGGACUCUUCUUUCGUGUUGGCACGUUGGACAAUGGCGGUUGGGAGACUUGGUUCCAAAACUCCACACACAUGCCCACGGCACGGCUUUACAGGAAAAUGGAGUUCGUCGGCAGUCUGGAAGAAGGAAUUGGAAAUGUCACACAAAGUUUCUUUUGGAAUUACGCAUUUCUUGGCUCAAAAGCACAGCUGGAAUAUCUGGUUCAAUCGAAUUUCUCGGAUGAAAACAUAUCUCGGCGUUCGGCACUUCAUCUGAGCGAAGAGUGUUUCGCUCUCUUCCAAAUUGGUUUUCUUUUUCCUCGAGAGUCCGUGUACAAGCGAAAAAUCGACUCUAUGAUUUUGCUGGCCCAGCAGAGUGGACUUGUUAGCAAAAUCAACAAUGAGGUGAGCUGGGUCAUGCAGCGUUCUACCUCGGGGCGCUUGCUGCAGGCCAGUUCGUCCAGCUCACUGCGAGAAAUCAUUCAGGAGGAGCGACAGCUGACCACGGCGGACACGGAGGGAAUGUUUCUGCUCAUGGCACUCGGCUACUUUCUGGGCGGAGUUGCCCUGGUAUCCGAAAUCGUUGGAGGAAUUACCAACAAGUGCAGGCAAAUCAUCAAACGUUCCCGCAAGUCAGCCUCCAGCGCAAACAGCUCCACACUCGUCCCAGGUGGAGAGCGCUCCUCUGCCCAGCAAAUGGAGCACGACGAACGCAGGGCGGCACGUCGCGACGCAGCGGACGAUGGCCCGAAGAUGAGUUUCGGCAUGCGAGAGUUUAAUUUAACCCGCACAACAUUUCGCGAAUUAUAUGGCAAUUACAACAGAGCAGAUCAGCAACAAAGCUGUGGCCAGCAGGCCUCGGAUCACGUGCACUGCCACGCGCACUCCGACCAGGAAGAGUCUCUGGAUUGUUUGGAUGAGCUAAUUGCUCAUUUGGAAAAGACCGAAGCCGAAAGGGAGUUUUUUCCUGACGAAUAUUUUGGUCCAAACACCGACACUACACAAAACCACUAGCCAUACUUGCUGUUC